GUGGGGAUUCCGAUUUCUCAAAUCAUUUAUGUUUGUCUGAACUAGUCUCCUGUGAGCACGUGAGCAGUGUGACUACGUAGUUGUGCAUAUUGAACUUGGAUUUAUAGUAAGAAAUUGUAAAAAAAAAAAUUAGUCAGCAUAUAUGACUUGUAAUUCGGAAGUUUACGUCAGCGACAUACUUGACUAUAAAGAUAGUCAUGCCGCUGUACUCACGGACGUCGAACAAUCACAUCAAUCUAAUCCAGAUAAUCGCGAUGAAAGAUUAGUACCAGGAGGAUGGACCAUUACAUUAGCUUUAGCAGGUGUUACCUGUUGUUUAGGAUCAGCUGUACCAACAGGAUUUAACAUAGGAGUAUUAAAUAAUGCAGCUUAUCUAGUGGAAAGGUUUUGUAAUGAAAGUAUUAAAGAGAGAUAUAGUAUAAAUGUAUCUGAAAAUGGUUUAAAAAUAGUUUGGUCUGCUGUUGUAUCAAUUUUUCUUAUUGGUGGAGCAACUGGUUCAUUUUUAUCUAGCUGGGUAGCAAAUAAAUAUGGAAGGAAAGGAGCACUAUGUGUUGGUCAUAUAUUUGGCAUUAUAGGAGCUACAAUGUUCUUUUUAGUACAGAAAUUAAAUUCAAUUGAACUUCUUUUAGCAGGCCGAUUAAUUGUAGGUCUUUCUGGAGGUUUUGCCACAUGUUUAGUUCCAAUGUAUAUGACAGAAAUUGCACCACUUAGAUUAAGAGGUGCAGUUGGAGUUAUUUGUCAAUUAGGAAUCUCAUGUGGAGUAUUUUUAGGUCAAAUUGCAGGACUUAAUACAGUUUUAGGAACUGAAAACUCUUGGCAUUAUAUGCUAGGUGCAUUUGUUCCAUUAUGUAUAUAUGCCCUUGUUAUUACAAGCAUUAUUCUACCAGAAAGUCCUAAAUAUUUAUAUAUAAUCAGGGAACAAAAGCAAAAAGCUUUAGAUGAACUUAGUAGGAUACGCAAAAUGGAUAUAAUGCUGUUACAAAUAGAAAUUUCUGAUUUACAACAAGAAAUAGAAACAAAAACAACAGCUGAACCUUGGACAAUCAAACGUAUUUUGAAAGAUCCAAAUUUAAAACUUCCUAUAUUUUUGGUUUGUAUAAUACAGUUUGGUCAACAAAUGAGUGGUAUAAACGUUGUAUUUUAUUAUUCUAACUCAAUAUUUCACGAUGCUGGACUUGGCAUCACCGGAGCACAAUAUGCUACUCUUGGAACUGGUAUAGCUAAUAUUGCUAUGGCUCUUGCUUCAGUACCAGUGAUGUCAUCUUUAAAUAGGAGAGGUGUUUUACUUAGCAGUAUUUAUUUGUGUUUUGGAUGUUUGAUACUUUUAUGUAUUUCUACAUUAUUAAUUCAUGUAUCAACUUAUAUGCCAUUAAUAUGUAUCAUAGCCGUAGUGGCUUAUGUAAUAUUUUAUGGAAUUGGUCUUGGUCCAAUACCAUAUUUCAUUGGAUCUGAAUUAUUCGAUGUUGGUCCCAGACCAGUAGCUAUGGCGCUUGGUAGUGUUUUCAAUUGGGGUGGAAAUUUUAUAGUAGGCAUGAUGUUUCCAACAAUAGAAAAUAUUAUAGGAGCAUAUACUUUUUUAAUCUUUGUCGGAUUUCUUUUAUUCUUAGGAUACAUUAUCAGAAUAUACUUACCUGAGACUAGAGGAAAGAAUACAAUGGAUGUGGCAGCAUCAAUAAGUCAAGGAUUUAAUUCCAGACCAAAUUCUAUACGUGGCAUUUAAAUUUUAAAAAAAAAUCGGUUUAAAUAAUUACAGAAAUAAUAUUUUGAUAAUAUUAUCAAAAUAUUUUUUAGAUUAAUGAAAGAAUUAAUUAUUAAAAAAAUAUAUAUUUAAUUGACACUAGGAUAUUGUUAUAAAAUAUCCAAACAAAUAAGCUAAUGUUUUUAAGUAUAUACAUAAGUAUCACUAAAAUGUGAAACUCAUCACUGCCUAUGUAAGAAAUUAAUUUAUUUUUUCAUAUUAUAUUGUACUUUAUACAACAGUUUAAAAAUUAUAAAAUUUUUUCUUCCUACAUAUUUAAAAAAUUUAAUUAUGUGCUAAUUUUGAAAUAUAUUAUAAUAUAAUUGA